AUGGUUGUCAAGUGUGGAAUCAACGGUUUCGGACGUAUUGGACGUAUCGUUCUCCGUAAUGCCAUCGAGCAUGAUGAUAUCGAAGUCGUUGCCGUGAAUGACCCCUUCAUUGACCCCAAGUAUGCUGUGUACAUGCUCAAGUACGACUCUGCCCACGGUAAUUUUAAGGGAGAAAUCUCUUCCAACGACGCCGGCGACCUCAUCGUCAAUGGCAAGACCAUCAAGAUGUACCAGGAGCGCGACCCUGCCAACAUCCCAUGGAAAGACACCGGUGCCGAGUACAUCGUCGAGUCUACUGGUGUUUUCACCACCACCGAGAAGGCCUCUGCUCACUUGAAGGGUGGAGCCAAGAAAGUCGUCAUCUCUGCCCCAUCGGCUGAUGCCCCCAUGUUUGUCUGCGGAGUCAACCUCGAGAAGUACAACAAAGAUAUCCAGAUCCUCUCAAAUGCUUCCUGCACCACCAACUGCCUUGCCCCCCUUGCAAAGGUCAUCCAUGACAACUUCGGCAUCAUUGAAGGUCUCAUGACCACCAUUCACUCCUACACUGCUACACAGAAGACCGUCGACGGCCCUUCCGCUAAGGACUGGCGUGGUGGGCGCACUGCUGCCACCAACAUAAUCCCCAGCAGCACUGGUGCUGCCAAGGCUGUCGGAAAGGUCAUUCCAGAACUCAAUGGAAAGCUCACUGGUAUGUCCAUGCGUGUGCCAACCCAGAACGUCUCAGUCGUCGACUUGACCGUGCGCAUCGAGAAGGGUGCCUCCUACGAUCAGAUCAAGGCUGCCGUCAAGAAGGCUUCCGAAGGCGAAAUGAAGGGGAUUCUUGCGUACACCGAGGACGAGAUUGUAUCUACUGAUAUAAACGGACACAACGCCUCAAGUAUCUUCGACGCCAAGGCGGGAAUUCCGCUCAAUGAUCACUUUGUCAAGCUUGUUGCUUGGUAUGAUAAUGAAUGGGGUUACUCUCGUCGUGUCUUGGAUUUGAUUUCAUACAUCGCUAAGGUUGAUAAGAAAUAA